UGUUAGAAUCGAGUAGUUAUGCAUUCUCUCCGAACGUCGUAUUGUGGAAUACAGCAGGGAAAAUAGUUAAAUUCCUGUAACGCAGCAUAUAAAUGAAAAUGACGAAGGAAAUCACGGUUCUGCAAUGACUGCUGACGAAGACACUCACCUUGUAUUUUGAGACGUCAGGAAGAGAACUACUUCACCGUGUGUGUAAGGAACCAGCGGUCUGAAAAUCGCUUACCAACGCAGAACCGGUAGAAAUCGAAAUGCUUCGCCUGCUUUCAAGAUGCGUGCGUGCGACGGGAUGGCCGUUCCAUCUGACGUCCGUCGCCUCCAACUCUUCGUGCAAACCUCAGCAGAAGUGUCCCGAUCCCUGCGAUAACCUCGCCGCUGUACUCUGCGCCCCCAAGGAUCUUCGCUUGGAGCAACGGCCUAUUCCUGAACCGAAGUAUGACCAAGUUCUUCUAAAGAUGGGCCCUGUUGGUGUAUGUGCCUCCGACGUCCAUUACUAUGUUGAUGGUCGGAUAGGAGAGUUUGUAGUGAAGGAGCCGAUGGUUCUUGGACAUGAAGCGGCAGGGGUCGUCGAGAAAGUGGGAUGUACCGUGACGAACCUGAAGUGCGGUGACCGUGUGGCAAUAGAACCCGGAGUUUCCUGCAGGCUGUGCAGCUUCUGCAAAGAGGGCCGCUACAAUCUGUGUCCUGACGUCGCCUUCUGCGCGACUCCGCCUGUAGACGGCAACCUGGUCCGCUACUAUGUGCACGCCGCUGACUUCUGCUACAAACUGCCAGAUCACGUGUCGCUGGAGGAGGGCGCGCUCUUGGAGCCGCUGUCUGUGGGGGUGCACGCUUGCCGUCUGGCCGGCGUCUGCCCGGGCUGUAAAGUGCUCGUCAUCGGCGCCGGGCCCGUCGGGCUGCUCACCGUCGCCGCCGCCAAGGCGUUCGGCGCCAACAAGAUCGGCAUCGCAGAUAAGAAUGACUUUCGGCUUGGCGUCGCCAAGAAAAUGUGCGCGGAUAUUACUUUCAAGCAGUGCGACGACGACGAUGAAGCAAAAUUCGUGCAGGAGGUAAGGUGUGGCAUGGAUGGAGCUCCACACGUCACCAUUGACUGCUCUGGCUUCGAGAGCACGAUUAGGAGGGGCAUACUGGUUACACGUUACGGUGGAAAGUAUGUUCUUGUAGGCAUAUCUACCGACUGCAGUUGUAUGCCGAUCGUUCCAGUGUGUCACGAAGUCGAUGUGAUGGGCUGUCUCCGCUACCGUAACUGCUAUCCCAUAGCGCUGAGCCUGGUGGCUACCGGAAGAGUCGACCCGAAACCAAUCAUAACGCACUGCUUCAAAUUAGAGGAGUCAGUGAAGGCAUUCGAGACAGCAGUCUGUGGAACAGGCAAUCCGAUAAAAAUCCUGAUUCAUGCCAACAAAAUCUGCUGACGUACUUAUGGUUCUAGUUGUGGUUACUGGUAUUGUGCCUGACUUGUAUGUCCAAAUUUAAAAGUGUUAAACUCAAAUCAAAAAUAAAUAUGAAAGCAGUGUG